AUCAAACAAAAAAACAUGGCGGAUUUCUAACCACACGGGUCCGCUACCCAUUCCUGUUUUGGGGGUUAAAUUGUGACUUGUAUAGCGAAGAAUAUAGAAUUUCUUCAACAGGUACUAAAACUGAUGAACAUGUGACUUUGGACUUGGUAUAUCCCUCCUAAGGACGUCACUUUGUGGUUAAGAUGUUUCGACGGUCAAGAUUUAGUGCUCGCCCCAAUAUCGGCAUAGCUGGGAGAGCAGCAGCAGCAGCAGCUGGAACACCUCAGGGUCCCCCAGCUGCAAACCAGGACACAAAUCAAACCCAAAAUGAACCAAAGGAGGACAAUAAUGCUUCUCUAACAAACGAACCAGUGGUGACCCCAUCAGAAAAUGCUUCUGGUUCCGGAGAUGCCAAUGAACAGAAUGGGGAAGGUACCAGCUCCUCAGCAUCAGUCCAGAGAAGGAAGCGGUUCUCCAUCAAGCCCAAAGUGGCUCCUGGUCGUCCACCAACCCUCCCUCGGACAACAAAAUCCCCAGUGAAAACAGUCUCUGUCCCCCCUGUAGAUGCAGCGUCUGAGUCUGAACCAGAAAAACCAACGACAUCUAGUCAACCUACAAAAACUCCAGCCCCUCCAGGACUUCAGUCCACAAAGAGCAGAGGACUCUCUGAUGAUGCCAAGCAGCACAAAACACAACCAAAGCUCACCCCGUUGUCGUCUGAGAUACCGGGACCAUCAGCUGUUUCUCCAUCAGAGGACUCUAAAAAACAAACCCAUCUGCCGAAAGACGGCAGUAAACAUGUGGAAAACGUUCUAACUAGUCAGACGAAGGAUGUUCAUCCCAGAGUGCAUGAUAGGGUACCACCUUCUCUACCAGACAAAGAAGCUACAGAAAUAUCAGAGAAAGCCAAGACUCUUAUAUCAUCAAAAAAGGUAGUUUCAGCAAUAUCCCCUUCAGCGCUGUCUCUGAGCAGACUCCUGAAUGACCCGUCAGAUGUGCAGAGGAUGAUAAAGGCCCAGAAGCUGAGAGACCUGCUGAGACAAGAGCGGUCCAAAGAAAAGAAUCUCAAGAGAGCUAAAGCCCGUGGUAAGGAAUUCAGCUUAGAUCCAACAAAGAUGACAAUGAGGGACCUGAUCCAUUAUCUCCCAACAUCUAAUCCUAUGACAUCCAGCUUAGAAGCUGAUGAAGAGAAUGAGACAGUGAUCCCGCCUUCACCAAGAGGAGAUCAAUCAACAGAGCAUGUACCUGAGGUUCCUCCAACCAAAGAGAAGCCCAGAGAGGAUGAGGACGAAGAAGAGGAAGAGGCUGCUGCAGAGGGAGAGGAGGACGAAUCUCUCAUGGUGCCUCAGGUCAAAGUAGCAGAAGACGGCUCGCUGAUCAUCGAUGAGGAAAGCUUAACAGUGGAAGUCCAGCGAGCCAAAGGCCCGAACCCAGCAUCCAACAGAGACCCCAUUUUUGAAAGAGGCUCCACUACAACUUACUCAAGCUUCAGGAAGUCAACUUACUGCAAGCCCUGGUCAAUUGAAGAGACGGACAUGUUCUACCUGGCGGUAAGCAUGGUGGGGACGGACUUUUCUAUGAUUUGUCAGCUGUUUCCGCACAGAGCUCGGACAGAAAUAAAGAACAAGUUCAAAAAGGAGGAGCGAAUAAAUAGUUGGAGGAUUGACAAAGCUUUCAGAGAGAGGCGUAAGCUGGAUAUAGAGUACUUUUCUAAGCUGCUGGAUAAAAUUUUGGAAUAUCAGAAGGAGAAGAAGAAACUCAAGUCACUUGUUGAGAAGAACAACAAAACAAAGUCCAGAACAAAUGCUAAGGGAAAUAAGGGCAAAAAAUCAGCCAAAAACUUGAGUGACGUGGAGGAGGAAGAAGAAGAUGAUGAUGUUUCUGACUUGAAGGAAGGACAGGAGAAAGAAAACGAGGACCAGUGUAAUGAGGAGGAAGCGUCUGCCUCUGAGCUAAAAAAAAAACGCAAAAGGAAGAAGACAGUAAAGGCCUUGACAGAAGAGCCAAAUGAGAAGAAAAACAAAACAGGUGAUUUACCUGAAGAAACAGAGGCUGCACUUUCUGAGAGCCACACCAGUUCAGAAAUGUCUGAAAACAUUCCUAAUGUAAACAAGCCAGCGAAGCUUUCACGGGACAGAGCACCAAAACCACUUCUACCUCUGGGUCUGAAACGAAGUAAAAAGGGAAAAAGCAACGAAACUGGAUCUGAUAAUGGAGAAAAGAACGAUAAUGAUCAAACCCGGAAAGAACAGGUGAAUGAAGGUGAAUCAGAUGCUUGUAGAACUAGUGGGAGAAUUUCUCCUGGAGGCGAGAUUUCUUCUGAAGAGGAAGAGGAAACAAUAAAGCACUUUGGACCUACCAGAUAUGGGAGGGUUCCCAAACCCACGGUGGCCUUCGCCUGCAAAGAUGAAUCACACUCCUCUGCUACUGAAGCUAAUUCCCCUUCUGCCUCCAAAUCAAAACCUAAGGGCACUCUUAAAAGAGGCAGCCCAUUAAAGCCACAAUCUAACCAAAAGCCUAAAAAAUCCAAACUGGUAACUCUUAGAUCCUCCAAGUCAGACUUCAGUGAUGAAGAUGAUGAGGAGGGGCAAGUUCCAGGUGUCGGCUCCAGUAAAGACUCGUCUGCCCUGGUGCCUUCUGGCCUGCAUUCAAUAAACACUGUGAUUUCAGAAGUGGACGACCCAAUGGCCGAGCUUGAUAUCUUGGCAAGUAUGCCUGAUAUGCUGAGCAUCUCCCAAGAUGCACUGUGUCCUGAUUCAUCUUUUCAUCAGGCACAACAUGAAACAGGCUCUGCUGAGGCUUGUCAUCAUCAGUUGGAUCUGCUGGUUGAUGUAAUAGACUUUUGUACAACAGAACAAACGGAAGUUUUUCAUGAUGAGAGCUAUAAUGAGGCGGCUCAAACCCUCUUGACCAUUGGCAAUGUCAAUCACGUUUCUCAGUCAGCACAGAAAGAGGUGAUCCCUCAUGGUCACACAUCAGAGAUGGCAGCGGACAAGACACAACCAGACCUCUCUGACGGAAAGAUUUUGCCUAGUGUCCAAGAUGAAUGUGCCCUUGCUACCUUGCCAACUCCGUGUCCUCAAAAAAUGCAAGAAAUCUCAGAGACUGUUGCCUGUAUGAACCCAGAAACCAGUGAAAUGAGCAGCGGGGACACGUCUCGUCUGAAAACCAGUGAGCAAAUAGGUGACGAGCAGAAGACGCAGAGUUCAAACAACAACUCUCAAUCUACCAAGAGGGCACGCUUUUCAAAAGUAAGGCCUAAACCAAACGUUGAGCGGACCUCAAGGACUGCAGCAUCGACACCUGAAACAGAGAUGUCCAAAGAAAAGAAGGUUGAAGAAAGCUGCUUAGACGCUGCUGCUGAGGGAACAUCAGCGGUUAAAGAAAUAAGCCUACACAGAUCAGAUUCUGAGGCCUUGUUAAAAGAUGGCGAAUCUCUCAAAGAAGUUCAGGGUUGCUCUCUUUCCAGAGAAGUAACCCCAGCCACUCAUAAAGAGCCACACAUUACACCUCAGGAUUGCAUUGGUGAGACAGAUUUAAGCAACUCCUUGAUAUCCAAGUCAGAAGAGAAAUUGGUUUUACAGGAGACAUCAACAGAUUCAGUCCAAGAUGGCAACAUCGAACAUCCUCCUCCUGAAAAAGAUUUGUCAGCCAAUCAAAAGGAGAUGGGUGCAGCUACAACUAGAAGGAGUAGAAUAUCAAAAAUCAAACCACACCUCCCACAGAAAUCAAGGUCUACACUGAAUAAAUCGCAGAUAAACAGAGAGAAGGACGAAAAAGAGUCGCUUACAGGUUCAGAGCCCAAACCCUUGGAGCAAACCAUCAAUAAUGUGGAAACUUCAUCUACCAGUUUUAACUUGAUGGAGGACCUUCCUGCAGGGGAGGUGAAGAAAAAACAGGUUGAAGUAGAACCUCAAGGAGAACAUCAGAAUACCCCUGAAGAGCAGUCCGAUUCAGAACCACAGCCUGAGCAAGGAUCAAAUGCAGGACUAAUUGCAGACCCACAAGAAAUAUGUUCUGCUAAUUUAAUUUUGCCUGUAGAAGACAGGCCAGCUGGUGAACAAGAGAGUAAAGUUCCACCUGCUGGUCAGUUGAGAAGAAGCCGUUUGCCGAAGGUAAAACCUACACCAAAUCUAACACAGACUUCAAGGACCAUGAAGAUGAAGCCUCAGUCUCCAGCAGAAACGGUAGUGAAAAGUCCUGGUUUACAUCCUGAAUUACCUACAAAGUCAACUGUGCAGGUUUCCCUAGAAACCGAAAGCACUUCAACGUCUGAGCAAAAGCUUGUAUUAAAGGAAAAAACAUUUGCCAGUGAGGAGGAGAAGACAAGUUCUGAGCUAGUUGAUCAGAAAGACAAAAAACAAACCACCGGUGACUCAGAGUCAGUCUCCAAGCUCACGGAUAAAAAUUCAGUUUCUCCCAGUGAAACGAGUGAAAGUAGUUGUAAUGAUGCAAUUACAUCAAAUAUCAUCCCAACAAAUUUUGAUCUUCACCAAGUCCAAGACCAGCGAGGUCAACCUGCUGUGUUUGUCAGACCGGAGGAAGAGCCGUCCGUCUGCAAACAUGACGGCAAAACUAUUGGACAGCAGAGGAGGAAUCGGUUAUCCAAACCCAAACCUAACAUACCUCAGACCUCAAGAUCUGCAAGGCUUAAAGCUGAAACACCUGAAAACCAGUCAGGGAAUCACACAGAUCCUGAACACGAGGUAACAGGACUGGAACAAAACCAGACUAUUUCUGAAAUACCGAACAAAGAUACUGAUCCUGCAUCAGAUUCAAUUUCGCCACCGACAUCCGAAUGCAUUGUGAGACCUUUAGAGAAAAAAGAGAUGGGGUCUGAUGAUCAGGAAGGCAUGAAUGCAGCCUCCUCAGAUACUAAGGAACAGGACUCUACUGUCAGUCCUGGGCUUCAUGAAGAACAAGAGUCAGUAUCUGUUGAGAACCUUAAAGCGGAUCAUAGAUGUUUGAUGACUAAAAGCAAUCAAGCACUGAUUGACCAAACGCUUAAAGAACCACAAUGUGGUCAGCAGUCAAACCUGAACUCUGAAGCUGUUCCAGAAAGAAGCGACCAUCCUGAAGCUUACAUUGCAGCCUCAGAAGAGUUACCAGUCAUUCCAAAGGAAGAUAAAAUGCCAUCAGUCAGCCAGGUCAGAAGAAGUCGAUCACAAAAGCCUAAACCAAAUUUAUCACAGACUUCAAGGGCCAUUAAGACGAAGCCUCAGUCUCCAGCAGAAACGACAGUAAAAAGUCCUGGUUCACAUCCUGAAUUACCUACAAAGUCAACAGUGAAGGUUCCCCUACAAACUCCAAGCACUUCAACGUCUGAGCAACAGCUUGUAGCCACUGGCUCUGCUUUACGUUUAAAUCCACCACUGACAUCAGACUCAAUUAAUCUAUUAAAGGAAAUGCCAUCCACAAAUGAGCAGGAGAAGACAAGUUCUGAGCUAGUUAAUCAGAAAGACAUGGAAGCAGGAUCGAAUCAAAGUGCCACAGAUGACCAGAACUUCACUCCAGUUACUGCUAAGAGAAACAGAAAUCAAACUACUGAUGACUCAGAGUCAGUCUCCAAGCUCAUGGAUAAAGAUUCAGUUUCUCCCAGUGAAAGUAGUUGUAAUGAUGCAAUGACAUCAAAUAUCGUCCCAACAAAUUUUGAUCUUCACCCAGUCCAGGACCAGCGGGGUCAACCUGCUGUGGUUGUCAGACCGGAAGAAGAGUCGACCGUCUGCAAACAUGACAGCAAAAUUAUUGGACAGCAGAAGAGGAAUCGAUUAUCCAAACUCAAACCCAAGCCUAACAUACCUCAGACCUCAAGAUCUGCAAGGCUUAAAGCUGAAGCAUCUGAAAACCAGUCAGGGCAGCAUGCAGAUCCUGAACACAAGGUGAUAGGACUGGAACAAAACCAGACUAUUUGUGAAAUACUGAACAAAGAUACUGAUCCUGUAUCAGAUCCAAUGUCACCGCCGACAUCCGGCUCCAUUGUGAGACCUCCAGAAAUAAAAGAGAUAGGGUCUGAUGAUCAGUCAGGGAUGAAUGCAGCAGCACCAGCUGCUAAGGAACAGGACUCUACUCUCAGUUCUGGGCUACAUGAAGAACAAGAGUCAGCGUCUGUUAAGAACCUUAAAGCGGAUCAUAGAUCUUUGAUCACUAAAAGCAAUCAUGCACUGAUUGAUCGAACGGUUAAAGAACCACAAUUUGGUCAAGAGUCAAACCUGAACUCUGAAGCUGCUUCAGAAACAAGCGACCAUUCUGAAGCUUACAUUACAGCCUCAGAAGUCAUUCCAAAGGAAGAUAAAGUGCCAUCAGUCAGCCAGGUCAGAAGGAGUCGAUCACAAAAGCCUAAACCAAAUUUAUCACAGACUUCAAGGGCCAUUAAGACAAAGCCUCAGUCUCCAGCAGAAACAACAGUAAAAAGUCCUGGUUCACANGUCAUUCCAAAGGAAGAU